AUGGCGAAACAACAAGUGGACGAUGAUAAUAGGGGUAACACAUACCUCGUCUCCAACCUGUACAGCGAACAAGAGUUGAAAAAAGUUGCGCAGGACUACAUAAGCGAAAAAAUAAGGGACCAAAAUUUCUCAGAAAAUAUCCAUUACUCUAACAUUCGAAUUUUCCUAAGUUUGGUGCUCAUAUCGAUUGGGUCCUACUGUACCAUCUUCGUGCAGUACAAAAAGGAACCGCUCCUUAUGAUUAGGUUGUUGAUCGCCUUCUUCAUCGUUUCGACAAUUCUCUUCUUUUGGGAGUUUCUCUUUUUCGAAGACAUCUUCAUGAUUUUGAAGACGAACAAUGGCGGAGUUGUGAAGCUGUUCUUCGAGCUGGAUGUCCAGAAAAGCGCCCUCCUAUUAACCUACAAGAUGAAUAAACAAAAGCACAGCACAUCGUUUGAGCUUCGCAAGCUGUUCAACGAAGAUGGCUUCCUCGUCCAGAAUUACGCAGACGUCAUGUUGAAGCAGUUCAUUUCAAAUCACGGAAAGAUUUUCAAACUUUGCGAUAAUAAGAAGAAGACUUGA